AUGCCGGGUGUUCGUGACAUCAGCGCCGAUGCCUUCAUCACCGCUUACUCUUCGCACUUGAAGCGAUCCGGUAAACUCGAGAUCCCUACCUGGGUCGACAUUGUCAAGACCGGUCCCCAGAAGGAGUUGGCCCCUUACGACCCCGACUGGUUCUACGUGAGGGCUGCUGCCGUCGCCCGACACAUCUACCUCCGAAAGUCCGUCGGUGUCGGAGCCCUCGCCAAGCUCCACGGUUCCAAGAACCGACGAGGAGUCCGACCUUCUCACCACCGAGACUCUGCUACCGGUGUUGAGAGGACCGUCGUCCAGUCCCUCGAGAAGAUUGGUGUGCUCGAGGCCGCCCCUGCUGGUGGCAGGAAGAUCUCUCAGGAUGGCAUGCGAGACCUUGACCGAAUCGCCACCGCCGUCCUUGAGGCCGAGCGAGAGGAGGAGGAGGAGGAGGAGGAGGAGGAAGAGGAAGACGAGGAGGAGGAGGCUGAUGAGGAGUAA